AUGUUGUCUGCAAGCACUGACUUUGAGGAGGUUGAGUCUCAAAUGAAACCAUUUGAAAUUAAAGAAAGUUGUAAAAUUGAUCAAGAAAUGCAAAAAUUAUUGAAAGAUGUUUGUGAUUUUACUUGUCUUGGAGAGGGUGAUUGCAGUUUAUUAUUGAGACAUUUUAAAUGGAAUGUCAAUAAAAUGAAUGACGUUUAUUUUGAUGAUCCUGAUAAGUACCUAGUAUUAUCUGGGACUAAAAUGCCAGAAAGAGAUCCACCUAAAGGAAAAGUGACAUGUGAUGUUUGUUAUGAAGAAGUAAAUGAAGUAACUGGUCUUAGUUGUGGACAUUAUUAUUGUAAGAAUUGUUGGAGAGAAUAUAUUGAAGAAGCUAUGAAAAGAGGACCAAAUUUCAUUGACUCUUUAUGUAUGUGUCAAGGAUGUUAUUGUAAAAUACAUCAUGAAUUAGUAAAGAAAAUAUCACCUGAUAUUGCUGAUAGGUUCUGGUAUUUUUUGAAAAAAGAAUACGUUGAAUUACAAGGAAAUGUUUUUUGUCCAAACCCACAAUGUGGAAGGGCUAUAAUCGUAUUAUCAUCAGAAAGAGCAAGUGAUAACAUUUUUUGUUUAUGUGGACAACGAUUUUGUUUUAAAUGUCUUGGAGAGUAUCAUGCACCAGCAACAUGUAAACAAGUAUCUGAUUGGAAUGAAUUAUCAACUAAAGAUGAUGAAAAUUCAUAUUUAUUAUUGACUGCAAAAGCAUGUUGCCAUUGUGGAUUGUUAUGUGAAAGAACACAAGGAUGUAAUCAUAUGACAUGUCCUAAGUGUCAUGGAGAAUGGUGUUGGAUGUGUAGAGGAGAUUGGAAAACCCAUGGUGAAAAGACUGGAGGGUUUUAUUCAUGUAAUAUUUAUAAUGCUGGCAAAAGUCUUGGAAAUGAAUUAGACAAUAAAGCUAAAGCCAAAAAAACUUUCUAUGAAAAAUACAAUCAUUACUUUGACCGUUGGAUGAGUCAUAAUUCUCUUCACAGACAAACAAGAGAACAAAAGAAGAAAACAAUGGGAGAAGUUUAUGAACACUUUAAAAAUCAAUCAAGAAUUAUUUCUAGAAUAGAAGAAGCAUUUGAUAUUUUGAUUUUAGCACGAUGUUGGUUGAAAUUCUCUUAUGUUUAUUCUUUUUAUUCUUCAGAAGAGGGUAAAAUUACUGAUUUAUUCAACCAUCAACAAGCUCAAAUAGAAACGUUUACUGAGACAUUAGGAGAAUUGUUAUUUAAACCAGUUGCUACUUAUGAUCCAGAAGUAAUUGCUGCUAAAGCAUCAAUUUUAAAGAGAGUAAUUGACCACUUCUCUUAA